GCCCUUCAGAGACUAGUUUUGUGUGAGCUGAGGGACAGCGGUGAACCGGGACAAAUGAUCACACGGGAUGCAUUUAGAGGCUCUACCACAGAUGAGUUGAGAUAUGUUGACAAGACGUUUACAUACCAGGGUACUUUAAAUGUCCCAGAACAAGUGCUGAAAUUACGUCUUGACUUCUCCAUGUGGCGUCAUGAAAAUUUAUACCUCCCAUUCUGCAUUAAAACUAUCAAAGGUUAUCUUGAAAAGAGGAGAAAUCAAGUGAAUAGAAAAGAGAAACCCAGAGUCAGACUCAUCCAGAAAGCAAACACAGAUUCUGGAGGAUCUCUGGUGAGUUGUCUGGCAUCAGGAUUUUACCCUUGUCACAUCAACCUGACCCUGUUCAAAGAUGGGCAGCCAGUAUCUGAUCAUGAGAUCACUGGAGGAGAUCUGCUGCCCAAUGGUGAUGGGACGUACCAGAUGAGGAAGAGUCUGGAGAUCAGUGCAGAGGAACAGAGUGAGAAACACAAUUACACCUGUUCUGCUACACACCUCCGUCUGGACAACAAGAUGGAUGUCAGUUUGGAGUAUCCAGGGGAACCAUUUAAAUCAGUGAUUUCCUCAGUCUUCGUGGUUUUGGCAUUAGUGUUGGUGUUUGGGACUGUUAUUGCUAUAAUUACAUGGAAAAGGCGGCAUGCAGUUUCAUUUUUAGCAUCUGAUGAACAUGUGGACGCAACGCCAUAA